UUUUGGGUACAUUGAAUAUGUAGAAAACGACAUACAUGGUAGAAAGCUUGUUAGCUCUUACACACGUCUUGACGGUGGAAUCGGCAAGGCAUGAAAUUCCAUGCGGAGGUUUCAGGGUUUAUGCUCGCAGAGUAGAUGAAGAAAGGAGCGCAUCGCGACGGUGUAGUUGUCAUUAAUCCCAGAAAUUCACUAUAUUAACGUUGCUCGAAGAUUUGCAUGAUAUCGAUUCUCUGGAAGAAUUCUUUUUGUUGAUCAGUAUUUGCUCUGAAUAAAGCUCCUAAAUUGAAUUAAUGAAUGAGUUCCCCUUUCUUUUAUGCAUUCAUGCAUUGAAGCGGUGGGAUUGUUGAACUGCAUUCUCGACUGCCAGGGAAAAUGGAUUUUGUUGUGUAGAAUACUUUUUGAGUUAAAGUUCAAUAGGCCAUGGCUGGAUUGGAAGAAUUAAAAAAGAAGCUUGUACCACUUUUUGAUGCUGAAAAAGGAUUCUCAUCUGGAUCAACAUUGGAUCCUUCCGACUCAUACAUGCUUUCUGAUGGGGGUACCUUGAAUUUGUUGAGUCAAUCAUACGGUGUGUACAACUUUAAUGAGCUUGGAUUGCAAAAGUGCACUUCAUGGCCAGUUGAUGAUGCUGAUCAUGGUGAAAAGACAUAUAGGUGUGCUUCACAUGAGAUGAGGGUUUUUGGAGCCAUAGGAAGUGGUGCAAGCAGUGUUGUACAGAGAGCUAUUCAUAUGCCCACUCACAGAAUAAUUGCCUUGAAGAAGAUUAAUAUCUUUGAGAAGGAGAAAAGGCAACAGCUUCUUACUGAAAUAAGAACCUUGUGUGAGGCACCUUGUUAUCAAGGUCUUGUUGAAUUCUAUGGAGCAUUUUAUACUCCAGAUUCUGGGCAAAUAAGCAUAGCUCUAGAAUACAUGGAUGGAGGGUCUCUAGCUGAUAUCAUAAGAUUACGUAAAGGCAUACCAGAACCAAUACUAUCUUCCAUGGUUCAGAAGCUUUUACAAGGGCUUAGUUAUUUGCAUGGAGUUCGCCAUUUGGUUCACAGAGAUAUAAAGCCAGCAAAUUUACUUGUCAAUCUCAAGGGGGAGCCAAAGAUAACAGAUUUUGGUAUAAGUGCUGGUUUAGAGAACUCAAUGGCAAUGUGUGCUACCUUUGUUGGUACUGUUACAUACAUGUCACCUGAAAGAAUUCGAAAUGAAAACUAUUCUUAUCCAGCUGACAUUUGGAGUCUUGGACUUGCACUUUUUGAAUGUGGCACGGGUGAAUUCCCAUAUUCAGCUAAUGAAGGGCCUGUUAACCUCAUGUUGCAGAUCCUUGAUGAUCCUUCUCCGACACUAUUGAGCCAUGAAUUUUCUCCAGAGUUUUGCUCAUUUGUUGAUGCUUGUCUUCAAAAAAAUCCAGAUACCAGGCCAACAGCAGAGGAGCUUCUUUCACACCCAUUCAUUACCAAGUAUGUGGAUUCUGGAGUUGACUUGGGUGCAUUUGUCAGAAGCAUUUUUGAUCCAACACAGAAGAUGAAGGAUCUGGCAGAUAUGUUCACGAUACACUACUAUUUGUUGUUCGAUGGAUCAGAUGACCUUUGGCAACAUACUAGGACACUAUAUAGAGAAUCCUCCAUUUUCAGUUUUUCUGGGAAAGAAUCUGUUGGGCCAAAUGAUAUACUUACAACAUUAUCAAGUAUACGAAGUACACUAGCUGGUGAAUGGCCUCCAGAAAAGCUUGUGCAUGUUGUGGAGAAACUCCAGUGUCGUGCUUAUGGUCAAGAUGGAGUUGCGAUUCGUGUUUCGGGAUCAUUUAUUGUUGGUAACCAGUUUCUCAUAUGUGGGGAUGGUCUACAAGUUGAGGGCAUGCCGAAUUUUAAAGAUCUCUCUCUGGAUUUACCCAGCAAGAGAAUGGGGACAUUUCAGGAGCAGUUCAUGAUAGAACAGGGAAGUGCCAUCGGGCGCUACUUCAUAACUAAACAAGAGCUUCAUAUUGCUCAAUAGAGUCUGCUGUUCCUACACAUUGCAGUUACAAUUACUUGUCUAUGAAAAAUCCAUUCGGGACGUGACAUCAUCUCGCGGUUCUUGCCCGGUUUUUCCCAAUCAAGAUUUCCCAGAUCACCAUCUGAUAUGAAUCUGUUGCUGACAAUUGUGCCAAGAAGCAAAUGUAGGUUUUGGGUUGUACUGGUUGAUAAUUACCUCAUCCCUAUGUGCAUUACUAUAAUGUUUUUUCUCAAAUUAUGCCGUGUGUUGUUGUUGGUCCUUCUUGGGUGGGCUACAUUGUCAUGUGAUGUUUGUAUCAUUUUAUGCAAAAGGGCAUUGCCUACUUUAGUCCCAAACUCUCAAUUGUGUACAUCUUUGGAGAAGGCUAAUAAACUCUAGUAAUUGUAGUAGUUUGAUGGCUCCACAGACAAAUGAGCUAUUGUUUGAAACAGUAAACUAUUGACCUUCUUAGUCUGUGUUGGUCAAUUAUAAGCAACAUAGACUGAUUUA